AUGAAAUCAAUCAUAGCACUUAGAGCCGCGUUGGGCACAACAGCAUUGGCGAAGCUCCAGCCGAAUUAUACGUCACCCGCCGGUGUGGAAAUCUACAACCCCUCGACUUUCUUUGCAAGUACCGGGCCGUGGAGCUUGAUGUCCAAGGCCGGUAACGUAUUAUACAUUGCCGGCAUGCGCGGCAUAUAUCGAUCCAACAGCACCCUGGCCCCCACGGGCCUCCCACGCAUUCAGCUGGCGUUUGAGAACAUGAUCGCGCUGGCGGAGAUGGAGGGGACAGAUCGCUAUUCCUGCGCCCGUCUGGUGGUGUACACGACGGACAUGUACAGGUUCCGUCCGCUCUGCAACCAGGUGCAGCAGGAACUAUGGGGGAAUGAUACCAAUAUGUAUCCGCCGCGGACGAUUGUCGAGGUGGACAGACUGAACGACGAUGAUAUCGUCGAGGUUGAGGGCACAUUCUGGGUCGCCCCAUGA